CUUCCUGUAACGCCGUCUCUUCUCUCUCAGGGAUUGUUCCUUCCUCUGUGGUCCUGACCGCCUUCCAGGUCAUGUCCCGAGUCUUCCUGACCUGGGCCGUCACACACAGCGUCAGGGAGGUUCAGAAUGAAGACUCGGUGCUGCUGUUUGUCGUGGCGUGGACAGUCACUGAGAUCAUCCGAUACUCGUUUUAUACCUUCAGCCUCCUCAACCAUCUCCCCUACAUCAUCAAAUGGGCCAGGUACACGCUGUUCAUCGUACUUUACCCCAUGGGGGUGGCGGGGGAGCUGCUGACCAUCUACGCCGCGCUGCCGUCCGUCAAGCAGACCGGACUCUACUCCAUCAGCCUGCCCAACAAGUACAACUUCUCCUUCCACUACUACACCUUCCUCAUCCUGGUCAUGGCGUCCUAUAUCCCCAUCUUCCCGCAGCUGUAUUUUCACAUGCUCCAUCAGAGGAGGAAAGUUCUGCACGCCGAUCGCAAGAAAGCCGAUUGACCUCCAACGUCGCCUCGUUUUUUUUCUCUUUUUAAUACUUUUUUCUUUUUUAAUUUUUUUUCCCCCCCAAAACUUUUUAGAAACCCAAAUGCUGCAGCAUUU